AUGUGUCAUGUGCAUCCCAUAGGUGUGGGAUCCGAAGUUCCCGCCUCGUCAGCGCACCGUGUCACGUGGGAGACGGAGGCAUGGCAACCCACACACGAGGAGGAAACGCGGCGUCUGACGCGCGAGGAGGAGAUUAAGUACACGCGGGCCGUGCAGGAUCUGCUGAGAUUAAGGAGGUCGCGAGAGCGGUGUGGCGCGGUUGAGUUGUGUUCGUUUCCGGAUUCGCAGCACGUGGCCGUGUCUGCUGAUACGGCUCAUGAGAAGACUAGGAAGGGGGAGGGAGAGAGGGAGGAGUGGGAGAGGGAGGGGAGGGGAAGGGAGGGGAUGGGAAAACUACUGGAUGCGAAUGGUGGGAUGGUGGUGGGUCUGGCGCGGAGAUAUGCGAGCAGGAGAGUGACUGUGGGGAACCUGAUCGUGGGAUGGGAUGGUGGUUGGUCUGGUGCAGGGAUACAGGAGGAGGAAGUGACUUUCAGAAUGUUCAUCACGGUUAGAGGUGACUAUAGUGAAGAUUCAGGCGCACUUGUACUGUCAGCAACAUGCUCGCCUGCCAUCAACGCGCACAUCCAUUCCCCCAUUUUCCCCUUUCCCCCCGUUCUCCUCUUUUCCCUGUCUUGUUGCCCCCCUCCUUUCCAUCGCUCUCUCUCCAUUUGCCUGCCUUUCCCUCUUCGUCUACUCAUCCUCCCACAAUGUUCUUUCCAUCCAAUUCCCUGGUUCCAAUCCCCUUCCUCCCUUCAGGCGUACAUGCACCGUCAGCACAUGCUCGCCCACCGGCGCCCCGCACCGCCAUCCACGUCAGCACCGCCGUCCACGUCAGCACCACCGGUCGAGUCAAAGCAGAAGCGCGGACUCACCCCGGGAUCUGUGCGCUCUCCUCGGUCUUUGGAAGGGGACGUGGGGACAGGGGAGAGUCUUGGGUCCACCAUCCCCGACCCAGCUAUUGAGUGCUCUGAGACGCGCUACAUGCAGCAGGAGGUGCAGGGAGCGCUGAGGCAAGCCAUUCUCGGGCUCUCACCCAAAGAGCGAGCCAUCAUUCAACUCAGAUUCGACCUGCCAGAAUCUCUUCUGGAAGAUUGCCGCCCGGCAAAUUAUCUCCUCAAAGGUUGCCGCCGGGCUGAUCCUCUCCUCAAAGAUUCGCUCCAGAUGGAUGGCUGCUCGGCUGAUUGCAACUGUGGGGGCAAUGGGCUUGGGGGCGGCGCCGGGCAGCAACAGGGGCAGCAAAUGAUCGUGGGCUGUGCAAAGCAAGAGGGGGGGCAUGGUGAGAUGCGGAAGAGCGUGGAGGAGGUGGGGGUGAUGGUGGGGUUGACUGGAGGGCGGGUGCAGCAGAUACAAACAGCAGGGUUGGGUAAGAUGAGGAGGAGCAUGACAGGUUGGGAGGGGUAUGUGCAUAUGUGGGGGAAUUGA